AAGUGAACUUCCGCAUACACGAUGGCACAGAUUCACAGCACUGUAAAACAACUUAUCACUGAUAACGGGAAAGAAGAUUUUUUGACAGCAUCAGAUAUUCUCCUAAAGUUUGCAGAUAACAUCAUUAACCAUCCAAAUGAUCCAAAAUAUAGAAAAAUACGACUUUCAAAUCCGACGGUCGAAAACAAAUUAUUGCCGGUGUCGGGGGCACUGGAAUGUUUGUUCGAGAUGGGAUUUAUUGAGGAUGGUGAGUUUUUGACAUUCCCUGCCAGCAUUCCCCCUACUCUCACUCUGAUACAAGUGAGGAAUGAGCUGCACACUGCUACAAAGCUUGUCAGGUCUUCGACUGGAGGACCAUCGACAGGGCAGUCCACACCGAGAGUCCAGCAGCCUGCAGUCACACCCAGUGCAGCAAGACAAAUCCAGCUUCCAGCACAGACAGUAACUCCAAUGUCGCGUCAGGCUAUGCAGCAAGCAGAAAGACAAUUUUUCAUGAAGAUUGAAUCAAGUCUGGUUCAUGUGCUGAAUUAUGAAAGGAGAGAUUUUCAGCAAAAGGCAAGAUCUGUUAUUCCAAUGGAAGAAUUAAACAAAGAGGCAAAAAAAAGAUUCAGUGCCUUACAGACAGCUGAUAAAGAUGCCUCUGCAGUGGGUCUUCAGGACUGCGUUCUUCUCUCUCUCCUUGCCUGGUUUAAGAAUUCCUUCUUCAAGUGGGUGGAUGCUCCAGAGUGUGAUAUUUGUCAAGGAAAGACACGGAGUGUAGGACCAGCAGAACCAAGUCAGGAGGACCUACGCUGGGGAGCAUCACGCGUAGAGAACUACAGAUGUGACGGGUGUAAUAAGUUUGUGCGCUUUCCUCGCUACAAUGACCCAGGUAAACUUUUGGACACUAGACGAGGGCGCUGUGGGGAGUGGGCCAACUGUUUUACACUGUGUUGCAGGACCAUGGGUUUUGAGGCCAGAUACGUUCUGGACUGGACUGAUCAUGUGUGGACAGAAGUGUAUUCAACCAGCCAGAAACGUUGGCUGCACUGUGAUCCUUGUGAAAAUGCCUGUGAUAAGCCCCUUCUGUACGAGGUUGGGUGGGGAAAGAAACUGACCUAUGUGAUAGCAUUCUCCAAGGAUGAGGUGCAAGACGUCAGCUGGAGAUACAGCGCUAAUUUCAAAGAGAUGAUGAGUCGCAGAAAGGAAGUCAGGGAAAAUUGGUUAGGGCAAGUCUGCUUCCGACUAUGGAAUGAAAAGAACAAAGUUGUUUCAGAAGAGCGACGUAAGGAAAUGUCGAACAGGUGUAUAGUGGAGCUUGUGGAAUUCAUUACACAGAAGAAAAGUGAUAAGAAUGAUCUGUCGGGACGGACUACUGGGUCAUUGACAUGGAGAUUAGCUCGCGGGGAAACUGGGAACACACCACAAGCUAUCAAAGAGCCAUUUGUCUUUACACUAACAGACAGUGAAAAACAGGGUAAACUUUUACAUGUCAGGUAUAACUGUGCUAAAGAUGAGUACACUCGAGUCACUGAUGAAAAUAAGAAAAUGUCUGGAUUUGGGUCCUGCUUGUUCAAGAGCACCAAUGUUUUCCGCAAGGAAGAACACGACUGGAAAAUGGUGUACCUGGCACGGACUGAGGGUUCAGCCAUAGCAACCCUGUCUUGGAAGUUCGAUUUCAAAGGCUCAGGUUUAAAGGUCAGGAACAUUGAAAUCUGUGUCAAGAGUUCAACUUAUGAGAAUGGUGUUUUGUCCUGGAGAUUGUGCAGUGAUAAUCAGUGUGCAAUAUUGAAAGGUACAGAUGACCUAAAAUCUGUCAGUGACCUUAAUGGUGUGGCUGACAUGACCUUGACAGCAAACCUCAGUGGCGGGAAGGGAGAUGUUGCUUGGCAACACACCCAGCUCUUCAGGCAGACAAACACUGACUUUGACAUUUUCCCUUUUGAAGUGAAGAUAUACCUUGAGUAACAAGACAAAAGUGCCAACUCUCUGUACCAUUCUUAGUCAGGUCAUUAGGUUAUUGACCUGUGUAAAAUAGUGCUUUUUGAUAAAAAAAAAAAUAUUACAUAAACAGUGACCUGAAAACUCAAACCAAAAACAUUGAACAUAAUAUUGGACAAUGCAUAGGGAGUGUGUCUGAGAAGUGAGACAUCUGGUGUCAAUUUUAACAAUCAGAGUUAUACACAUUUUUUCUACAUAUAAUUUAAUUUACAGAACUUCAUAUUUCAUUUUUUUCACAGUUUCCAAUGCUUUAUCUAUCAUUUUGAAUCUAUAUCUAUAUGUUAUACUCCACAGAGACCAAAAUGGCUUCAAUGUGGAGGGGGAAUAAAAUGUGCAAGUUCUGUGUGGGCAGGUGUGGUUCCAAACAGGACAAAUAAAGAAACAGGUGGCUGAAUUAAUGUAACAUAAUAGUUAUCAAUAUGGCAGAUAUUUGACCUAUUACCAGGUAUGUAGCAUUAAAACAGCAUAAAACUUACCUUUACUUAACCAGUAAAUUCAAAAACUAGACUGUAGCUUUAUGACCAUGUGAUUGGCAACAGCACACUCUUUCUACAAAUUAAAUAAAGUCUAUGAAAAGCUUGGUAACACAAACCUAUCCUAUUACAAUACCAAUACUAAUAGCACUUAAUUAUAAGUUAUGAAUGAUUGUCGUGUGCAAGAAGAAGUAGUUAAAUUCCUUCCACUUGCUGUAUGGCACAGGUGUGUCUGAAGCCAUGAACCGUAUGUAAACCAGGCAGGUACAGGGAUAAAGAGAGUCCAAGCCAAAAAGAGGGCAACCGAUCAACCUUGAUUUACAAAACUAUAUUGUCAAAGACCAUAUAUAGUCAAACCUUGUUAUCACUAAGUCGACUGGGUCGUGGGAAAACUUCCAGUUAUCUGAGUAUUCGAGUUAUGCGGGUUCAUAAAUAUGGUAUGAAACUGUUUGGACAUAGCACUAGCAGUUUUUAUUAAUAGCCAAUGCUUAUAAUCACUGGAUGAAUGAUAUACGAUUGACUUUCAAAGCCAUUCUGGCUCCUGUAAAAACAUGAACCCGUGAAGCUGUCCUAGGUUGUCAUUUUUACUGUGGAACUCUUUUAUGCAUAACCAAUUUUUUGGUUUGCACUGUCGUUUGUUUGGGUGUACAAAUCAUUGAACGGUACAGAAUACUGUUGAUCAACAUUGAUGAAUUUUGUUUUUUGUUAUGAACAACAUAGUUUUGACAGUAUGCACACUUUACAGUCUGAAGCUUUAUCGUAAAUUGUUUUUACCGAUUUCAUGCUAGUCUACUCAUGAAAGAUGUUCAUAUAAACACGGAAUGGUGAGAUGUCAUACUUUUGCGUUUUAUUUUUAACAAAGAAUUAUUAUAUAAUGAUAAGUAACAAAAUGAAAUUCGAACACUUUGAAGUAGACGAUGUUUUGAUGUUUGAUUCACGCUAUUGAAACCUAUAUUUUACUUCGUGGUAUCCAAGUUUUUCAACUUUUCAGGGUUCGAAUUAUCAAAGUUUUAUUUAAAAAGAUAAUGAAGAGAUUUGGCCGGAACCGGAGAAAUACUAAGAGAUAAACAGGGUAUUCAAGUUAAAAGAGUUGAGAUAACGUGGUUCAACUGUAUACUCGUCUGAACCACUGAUCACCUGACAUUCACAUUACAGGCUAAAAUGAAUACAAAUCAUACAAAAGGAGGGUCUACAAUUAUUAGUGCAAGCAGUGUCAAGUGCCUUUAUGCAUAGAACCCUGUUUUGAACUUUUCCAUACGAAGUCUGAGUAUGUUUUGGCAUAUAAACGACAGAAAACUGCAACCACCCAGUCUGGGCAGGAGGAAUAGUGUCAACUGACUCAACAUCAUCAGCUCAUGUCCUCAAACUACAAAUUGAAAUCAAUGUACAUAGCUCAAAUAUAUAUGAACAUGUUGAAAUAGAUACUUUUUUUAGUUUUUAACUGAU